AAAAGAUGCCCCACACUCUUGGCCUUGGGUGGCGCUACUAGGGUGACGGAGUUAAUUAGGUCCCGCAAAACGCCGCGUGUGAGCUCAUCUGAGAAGUCAUGCUCUACACACAUAUUAUUUAUAGCAUAUUUGAGGCGUGCACGGCAUUUGACAUUUUCUUCUUUUUAAGUAGGGGGACUUUAAAAAAGUCGUGGGUAACCCUUUCCCACCUCAGACUAAGUGCUGUGGGCAGGUUAUCCGGUGCGCGGGAGGCUUACGCGCCAACCACGCGUGUGCCGGCGCAGGUGCCGGGGGCGUCGGCGGCCACUCGGCUGCGUUUGCUCUGGUGGAGAGUUCGCGACUGAUCUCUGCUUGCCUUGCAGAUGCAAAAUGUGUCUUUGGCCAGCAGGAGGAAGGAAGAGGAAGUGAGAGCAGCGGCAGCCGGCGGUGCAGCAGCCGGCGGACCCGAGUGUUUAGACACGUGCGGCUACCUACGCGAUAGGACCCCAGUUCCACCGGCUUUAGACUCUCUCGGGGUUUACCAUGCCGCCUCCCGCGGACAUCGUCAAGGUCGCCAUAGAAUGGCCGGACGCCUACCCCAAACUCAUGGAAAUUGAUCAGAAAAAACCACUGUCUGCAAUAAUAAAGGAAGUCUGUGAUGGGUGGUCCAUUUCCAACCAUGAGUUCUUUGCACUGCAGCAUGCUGAUAGUUCAAACUUCUAUAUCACGGAAAAGAAUCGCAAUGAAAUAAAAAAUGGCAGUAUUCUUCGAUUAACUACAUCUCCAGCUCAAAACGCCAAGCAGCUCCAUGAGCGGAUCCAGUCCUCAAGUAUGGAUGUCAAGCUGGAGGCCCUGAAGGAUUUGGCCAGCCUCUCCCGCGAUGUCACCUUUGCCCAGGAGUUUAUAAAUUUGGAUGGCAUCUCCCUCCUCACCCAAAUGGUGGAAAGUGGCACUGAACGAUACCAGAAGUUGCAGAAGAUCAUGAAGCCUUGCUUUGGAGAAAUGUUGUCCUUCACCCUGACGGCCUUUGUUGAGCUGAUGGACCAUGGCAUUGUGUCCUGGGAUACAUUUUCAGUGGCAUUCAUUAAGAAGAUAGCAAGUUUUGUGAUCAAGUCAGCCAUUGAUAUCUCAAUCCUGCAACGAUCCUUGGCCAUUUUGGAGUCGAUGGUGCUCAAUAGCCAUGACCUCUACCAGAAGGUGGCGCAGGAGAUCACCAUCGGCCAGCUCAUUCCACAUCUUCAAGGGACAGAUCAAGAAAUCCAGACAUAUACUAUUGCAGUGAUCAAUGCCCUUUUCCUGAAGGCCCCUGAUGAGAGGAGGCAGGAGAUGGCGAAUAUUUUAGCUCAGAAGCAACUGCGUUACAUCAUUUUAACACAUGUCAUCCGAGCUCAGCGGGCCAUCAACAAUGAAAUGGCACACCAGCUGUACGUGCUGCAGGUAUUAACCUUCAAUCUCCUUGAAGACAGGAUGAUGACCAAGAUGGACCCCCAGGACCAGGCUCAGAGGGACAUUAUAUUUGAACUUCGAAGAAUUGCUUUUGAUGCAGAGUCUGAACCUAAUAACAGCAGUGGAAGCAUGGAGAAGCGCAAGUCUAUGUACACCCGGGAUUAUAAAAAGCUCGGCUUCAUUAAUCAUGUUAACCCUGCCAUGGACUUUACCCAGACACCUCCUGGGAUGCUAGCACUGGACAACAUGCUGUAUUUUGCCAAGAACCACCAGGAUGCCUACAUCCGGAUUGUGCUUGAGAAUAGUAGCAGAGAAGAUAAGCAUGAGUGUCCCUUUGGCCGCAGCAGUAUAGAACUGACCAAGAUGCUGUGUGAGAUCCUGAAAGUGGGAGAGCUGCCUAGUGAGACCUGCAAUGACUUCCACCCAAUGUUCUUCACCCAUGAAAGAUCUUUUGAGGAGUUUUUCUGCAUUUGUAUCCAGCUUUUGAAUAAGACAUGGAAGGAAAUGAGGGCAACUUCUGAAGACUUCAACAAGGUAAUGCAGGUAGUGAAGGAGCAGGUCAUGAGAGCUCUUACAACCAAGCCUAGCAACUUGGACCAGUUCAAGAGCAAACUGCAGAACCUAAGCUACACUGAGAUCCUGAAAAUCCGUCAGUCUGAGAGAAUGAACCAGGAAGACUUCCAAUCUCGCCCAAUUUUGGAACUAAAGGAGAAGAUUCAGCCAGAAAUCUUAGAGCUGAUCAAACAGCAACGUCUGAACCGUCUCGUGGAAGGGACCUGCUUUAGGAAACUCAACAGCCGGCGAAGGCAAGACAAAUUUUGGUAUUGUCGGCUUUCUCCAAACCACAAGGUCCUGCAUUAUGGAGACUUAGAAGAAACUCCUCAAGGAGAAGUACCCCAUGAUUCUUUGCAGGAUAAACUGCCAGUGGCAGAUAUCAAAGCUGUGGUGACGGGAAAGGACUGCCCUCACAUGAAAGAGAAAGGUGCCCUUAAACAAAACAAGGAGGUGCUUGAACUUGCUUUUUCCAUCUUAUAUGACUCAAACUGCCAACUGAACUUCAUUGCUCCUGACAAGCAUGAGUACUGUAUCUGGACGGAUGGGCUGAAUGCACUGCUGGGAAAAGACAUGAUGAGCGACCUGACUAGGAAUGACUUGGAUACCCUGCUCAGCAUGGAAAUCAAACUCCGCCUCCUGGACCUGGAAAAUAUUCAGAUCCCGGAUGCUCCUCCUCCAAUCCCCAAGGAACCUAGCAACUAUGACUUUGUCUAUGACUGUAAUUGAAGUAGCUGGGCUCACAAGCAUCUCCCCUCCCAAAUUGGAAAAUCAAUCUAACAGGAAAGAAGAAGGCAAACACUUCAUGCUUGGAAUCUUCUGUGGUAGAGGAAGCAUGUGGGCCAAUACUUUCUUUGGCCUCACCUUCAACCCUGGCAUUUUUCUGCCCCUGCCUGGUAUCUUGCUCACCAUCCUGAUUCUGUUUCUAGAUGCCAUUGUUUUAGGUCACUUCCCAUUACAGCAGUCUGCUGGUGAGACAAGAGCAAAACCCACCAACACAUAGAGAGCCAAAGGCCCUUCUAUACAAAUCCCUUCUUCCUAGAAUAGGAAAGCCAGCAGCACCAGACUGUCCCCAAAAACCUGCACACCAAACUCAGAGGAGUAUCCUAAGGUCUGUAUAUGGACAGAACAGCCCAGCUACUUGAGAAGACCAAAUGCCACCUCCUUACUCCCCUCCUCUCUAGAGUCAGCUCACACCACCUUUUCCUUGUGAAUUGAAAUCUGCUUUCAAAUUCCUCUCACCUCCAUCCCUGCCAUUGCCUUGCCAGGUUCCUCUGUAGUCCAGAGCAACAGCAGUCUCAUCCCAUUUCUCUCCUGCAUUGGGUCUCCCGGACACAGUCCACAGGCCCAGGCCCACUUUGCACCUGCUCUGUGACCAUGAUGUUCUUUUCUCAACUGCCAGACUUGGGUUUCUUCUCCCUGUCUCAGCCCUGACCUGCCUUCUUUAUUCCCAUCCUCCUUCCUAGCUCCUUAGCUGAAAGCACAAAGGGUUAAAUCAGUCAUGCUCCAUCUCUAAUGUACUAAACCUAAACACCUCCGGCAGUUGCUCCAUGAGGGCUUGGUGUUACCUUUUCCUGGAUGUUCUGCUAUAGCAGAUGUUGCCCAGGAUGGUCAGGCUGUCAGACAUCCAAGUUUACAUCAUUAUAAUUAUUACAGGUAUUGACAAUUUGCAAGGGUUUGGGAUUGGUUUUUGGUUUGUUUGUUUGUUUGUUUUGGCUUUGUUUUUGUAUAAAAGAGUCUAACAUUUUUUUGGCAAACAGAUAUAUAUUUAAUGAAGAGAUACAUAAAUAGUGUACUUUCCAUGGGUUUUUUUUUAAUUAUUUUAAUCCUAAACAUCUUCCUGAGAAUAACAUUCCCUUAAACAUGCUGUGGAAUAAAAUUAAUUGUGAUGA